AGGCAUGUCCCGUGGCAGGGUGAAGGCGUAUCUGCCGAACUUGGACGUUCGAGAAGAUUCGAAUCCAAUGGCGCCAUUCUUACCUGAUUCCCAUUCCGAAGCCAGGAAGGGAUGUCAACCAGGUUUCAUCUUACCGACCUAUACAACUUACGUCGUGCAUGUGCAAGUUAAUGGAACGCAUGAUUGGGAAGCGUCUAACGUGGUGUGUGGAAGAGCACGGGCUACUCACCAAAUAUCAAUGUGCGUUUAGGCCUGAUAAAUCCACGGCUGACCAUCUUGUCCGUCUGGACACACAUGUACGUGACGGUUUUCUUCACCAUGCCAGCACUUUGGCUGUGUUCCUCGAUAUAAAAUCGGCAUAUAACUUGGUCUCCCCUACGGUAUUACUCCAUCGCAUGUAUGCUGCGGGUUUCCGAGGUCACAUCAUGCAUUUUAUUCAGAAUUUCUUGAAAGAUCGCACCUUUCAGGUCCGUUGCGGCACAUUAUCUGAUACAUUUAUGCAGAAUUAUGGCAUCGUGCAGGGGGGCGUGAUUUCACCUAUCUUAUUCAACCUUGCCAUCGAUUCCAUCGCCGACGUGCUACCCCCAGGAGUUUCGUACGCAAUUUAUGCUGACGAUGUCACCAUAUGGGUGCAAGGGCGGCGAAUCCCGAAGCUAUUUCGGAAAUUGCAAGAUGCCCUUAACAAUAUUGGUGAGUGGGCUUCAGGCACUGGGUUUACAUUUUCUAGUACCAAGUCUAAUGCGAUCCUUUUCCGACGUGGAUUACGAAGGGUCGACCUAUCAGUGUUCCCUCCUUUGUGCAUUAAUAAUGACCCCAUUCCCAUUGUUGAUGAGGUGAAAUACCUUGGAGUUAUUCUCGACUCCCGAAUGAACUUACAUUCCCAUGUAGAGUAUAUUAAAAGCCGGGUCCAAAAGAGGAUGGCCGUGCUUAAAUGCGUCGCUGCAAAGAGCUAUGGGGCAGACCGAAUCAUAUUGACCCGAAUGUAUAAAGCAAUGAUUCGACCAAUCUUGGAAUACGCUUCAUACAUUAUCGAUGGUCCACACACGCGACGAGUCGAAUCUCUCGAGACUCUUCAGAAUGCAUGUUUGAGAGUUGCAACGGGGGCCUUACGCACCUCUCCUGUUCGAGCAUUGCAGGUUGAUGCCGAUAUUCCCCCGUUAUCUCUCCGUCGCAAAGAGUUACUCCUUCGGUAUUUUCUGAAGGUUUUGAGUGAUGAACACCACCCUUGUCACAGUAUAACAGACUUGACCGCCUCCGAGGAGCUCUACCGAGGAUUAUCAGACCAAUAUCUUCGCAGAAUUUCUGGAUUCACGGUGUGCUUACGCCUCCAGCGCAUGAUUGCCGACUUCGAUUAUGAACCACCGACAGGCCUUGUCAAACCCUCAGCGCCUUUGGCACCGUGGAUUCUGCCGUGUGUCACGACGAGCCUGCUAACUAACCAGGAUAAAGCGAGCCGCUCCACGAUAGACGUGCAGGCCGAGUUUCAGACUCUUAUCAGCGAGUACCCUGGAUAUCGGAUACUGUAUACAGAUGGAUCCAAGCGGCAUGAGUCGGUGGCUUGUGCAUUCACCAUUAACAAUGCUUUCUUUUCGUUUAAGUUACCGGAAGGUCUUUCUAUUUAUACAGGCGAGCUAGUAGCUAUACUAGAAGCCCUGAAGUUUGUCUGCACCCAUCGCAUUCCACGUUCCUUGAUAUGCACCGAUUCUCAAUCGGCUGUGAAAGCGUUAGGCAUGGCGCACGGCACCACGAGGCACCCGCUACUUACCUCUAUAUUAGAAUUAAACCAUCGCAUUGCCGAGGAUGGAAUGAGGUGCAUUCUCAUAUGGGUACCGGGACAUAGCGGCAUAGCUGGAAAUGUGCGAGCUGACUAUUGGGCCGGGAAAGCACAUGACAAACCAGAGGUUACACCGGUCGCAGUUGGUUAUCGUGAAUAUGUCCCAGAGGUCCGACGGCGCGUUCGAGACCAAUUUGCUACCUUAUGGCAAGAGUUUCGGCCCACUCACCUUAAGACGAUUAAGCCUACCAUAGGAAGGUGGACGUCUGGCGCUCGUGACAGUCGCCAAGAAGAAGUAGUGCUGUGUCGCCUGAGACUUGGCCAUACACUCCUUACGCACUCGCAUGUCAUGGAUCGUGCCCCACCACCGUUGUGUACACUUUGUCGAUGCAUUAUCGAUGUCAAACAUCUCCUAAUUGAUUGCCCUCAAUAUCGCACGACACGCCAACGUUUGCGACGAACAUGUGGAGAUGCUGGUCUCCCGUUCACAAUGGCGACUCUGCUCGGUGAUACAGAACCAAAUGUAUUGGACGCAGUGUUUCUUUUCUUGCGCGAUUGUGAGCUGCUUGACAAACUGUAAAUGCGGCGGGUUCUAUUGAUAUACCGGAAUUGACAGUAUUUCUAACAACUGUGUAAUGUUUGAUUGGCGGCUACUUAUUUGCCGCCCCCACUGAUGAUGUUGCUUUUGCCUGUUUUUGUGUGGUGAUUCUAGGCUUUGGAAACUUUCUUUCGGUGUGUUUUGAUUACUGAUUCGUCUCUGUGGAAGUAUAAUGUGAACGUUACGGGAGGUCCAAGUGAAACAAAGGUGCACUCUGAGCACAUGUCCUCUGUGGUUCGUGUUUUCUCUUCUCUCCUUUAUUUUAGUAUUUGGUAGUAUAUAGCUAGCUUGUAGAGUGGUCUGAAUUUCUCUCGCUCGCUCUCUCUUUCUCUGAUUACCUGGUAACACUCUGGCUAGAAGAGUAUUGAUCUUUCUUUCAUCAUUUUGUAGAUUGCUGCCCAAUUAAACUAACACUAACACUGCUACUCAGGUCUGUUCCUUCUGGCUUAAUCCUUCCCCGGCAAUUUCCUCCCCUGGCAUUUGUCCUUCCCUAGGUUUUUUCCUUUUCCGGCUACCCACAACCCUGCUUAGUUACCGCUUAGUACCUACCAACCCCGACACUACAUCGUGGAAGAUCGGACAGUUGAAUGCAAGAAACGAAGAAGUUGGACGCUAGGGCCUGACGGCUGCGCGCCCUAACCCACAAAGAAGAAGAAGAAGGGCCUUGGGUCAGGGUGUGAAGACCCAAGGUGGUGAAGACCGGUUUCGGUGAACGAGCGAGAGUGCUGAAAAUCUAGUUUCUUCACGACUUCUUUGCUCAAUGCUCAGUCAUGCGUCUGUUAGCUUUCUAGACAACUGAGGUCGGAGUGAUAAGUUUCCUUGCCUUGGCACUCAAGUCGGCGCUGUCUUUGGAGAAGCUCGGGCGUCGAUCAGCGGAAGCCUGGAAGGCGUUUUGGUCCUCAAAAUUUAAGUGGACUCUGGGCGCUGUCCGUCAUGCUGCUGCUCCUGCCAGUCCUGCUACUGACCAGCCAGACGGCAGCCGAUUCGGAUGUCUCCCGCAUGCAGCAAGUGCUCGUUCUCGGCGGCAACGGCUUCAUCGGCGCCGAGAGCGUCACGGCGCUGCUGCGCCAGAAAGGACGCUACAACGUGACGGUCGUGAGCCGCGGCUCGGAGCGCUACGACGCGCGUGACCGCGUGCUGCAGCACGUGCGCCAGCUCAGGUGUGACCGCUACACGCCGUGCCGCCGCUGUCCGAGCGGUAACCCGCUGCUGGGCUGCGAGGAGCUGAUGGCUGCCCAGAAGGAGGUGACUCAGUGGGAUUUUGUCAUAGACUUCAGCGGCUAUGACGCCGACGCCGUGAGCCAGGCGCUGGACGCGCUGGCAGAGAAGAUGAAGUACUAUGUGUUCAUCAGCUCCGACUCGGUGUAUGAGGUGUGUGAGCCGAGCACGGGCGUACUCUCUCAUGAGGAGGCCGCAGUACGUCCGUCGGACCGGCGUCGGCGGCACGACUUGGCCUCCCGCGACUCAUACGGCGAUGGCAAGCUGUCGGCGGAGGAGGUGCUGCGCGCGCGCGCCGUGCCGCACGUGGUGCUCCGUCUGCCAGACGUGCUCGGUCCGCGAGACACCACGGGCCGCUGGUGGGCCUACCAGCUCUGGGUGCAGUACGCGGGUGUCCUUCGUCGCCCGGUGCCCAUCCCACCCUCAGUGCGCACACUCCGCACUAGUUACGUGUUUGUCUCGGACGUGGCACGUGCACUAACAGCCGCGCUGAACCGCUCCAAGGAAGUCAACGGGAAGGCGUUCAACCUGGCGCUAGACCGUGACUUCCGUCUGGCUGAGCUUCUUGGUGAGAUAGCGCGUGAGCUAGGUGUGCACAGUGUGGUGACCCGGGAGGUUAAUAGUGAGAACGUGGCGCGCUUCUUUCCGUCCGUGUACCGCGGUCCGGUGAGCUGGCGGCGCGCCCGCGAGCAACUCGGCUUUGAGCCCACCCCUUGGCCGGAGGUGCUGUCCGAGACUGUGCGAUUUUACCGGCGGGCACUGGUCAGAUUUCCAGAGGAGCGGCGCAGGGUGUUUGGUGUGCUGGAGAGUAUAUUCGGAGAUGAUCCUGAUGUGCAGCGACGGCUCGUGGAAAGUAUCGAACGUGACCUGUUGGACGCCUCUUUUGGAAAGAGGGACGAUGGGGAGGUGGGAGAGAGUGGGGAGGGUUUGGCGACGGAGGGCGGGGAGGGAAAGGAUGAGCUGUAAAUGUGAAGCCGCCAGUAGGGAAAUUAUUCGUGCAACUCAUCGAGCUUGAGUUUGGGUACAACUUAUGUGAUGUGGGUUAUGUGAUGCCUACAGGUCUUCAUAUUUGUGGUUUAUAUCUAGUGCCUUGUUGUGUGGCCUUGUAGCAGGUUUUUUAUUUUUAUUGUAAGUGAGGCUGUUCAUAUUUUUGAUACCUACUGACAAUGACCACAUUUUUGGUGGCUUUGUAGUUUUAUAGGGAAUGGGAAUUAGCCAGGUGCAAGUGCAAUUACACUGAGUAGGUAUGCCUUGUCUGAAACGGAGCUUAUAUACACCAAAAAAUAAACAUUUCUAUCAGACGA